AUGCGAAUGGACCUCUCAGCCCAGUCCCACAUUGAUCAGAGGAUCAGGGAAAGAGAUAAUGUGAAGGGAGAGUUAUCUAAUCGGAAAAUAAUUUUUACUGCACCUUUACUGAUUGGCUCAGAAGAGGAUAAAGUCCGUGUAAUGAUCAAUACUGGUCUGAACCUCUUCUGGGUGCCAACUCGUAAUUGUGACUACUACAGCAGCUACAAGCGAGACACAAUAUAUGAAAUACGUCAGUGUGACUUUGCCGGUGUUUACCUUCCCUCCGACCUGUCUUCGUUUAGAAACACUAGUGACGUAUUCCAAUGGUGGUAUACCGGCAAUUAUAAUGGUGCUUGGGGAUACUACGGUACUGAUAAGGUUCAGUAUGGAAAUUACUCAGGAAAUAUAACCUUCGGGAUUGCUAGUGAAGCUGACUAUAUUGGUGAUCUUGGCUUGGGUUUCCCAGAUUACCAAUAUAUGUCCCCCAAGUCGACUUUAAACGGGUCCACCUUUUUGGAACAGCUAGUGGAGAACGGAGACAUCGAAAGUAACGCGUAUUCUUUUCAAUUGGGAAUCAACAACGCUUCUGAGGGUACCCUUCUACUUGGUGCUGUUGACCAUAAUAAGUAUGAAGGAACACUCCAAAAGGUUAAAAUGGUUGACUUGUAUAAUGAUGGCUCAGAUUCUGUUCUGAUUCUACUUGAUGGAAUUCUGGGUAAGAACUUCAGUUUCGAAAUGAACAUGGCCGCUACUAUUAGUUCAGAAUAUACUGUUCUGUCUUUCCCAUAUGGUUCGUUUGAUCCCCUUAUUGAUGAAUUGAAGGCGGUUGGAAACUAUUACGGAGAAUAUAUUGUUCCCUGCAGCAUGUUGAAUCUGACUGAUCUGAUAUCUCUCUAUUUCAGUGGUAUUGAAAUUCAAGUACCAGUAAGAGAUCUUGUCUUCCAAUCGUCAUAUUAUGGUUGUAUGUUAACGUUUGAAGAAUAUGACGGACCAGCAGCUCUUGGUCAAGACAUACUCAAAAGUGCAUAUGUCGUUGUUGACUUAGACAACAAAGAAGUUGCAUUGGCUCAGGCGACGAAUUCUUCGAGCGAAGACAUCGAAGAUAUCGUGUCUGACAUCCCUCUGGCUCUGGAAGCUCCACUCUACUCGUACACAGAGGUUGCCGAGAAGUAUCAGUACCUCUCUGGUUAUGGAUGGUACAGCUUUCUGACUGACGUUUCAUCUCGGUCUUCAUAUUCCACAAAUACUGCUAGCAGGUCAGUUGAUCUUGGAAGCACAACAUAUGAGGUCUUUUAUCCAGAGGAGGCUUCCAUGUAUGACUAUUACGCCUCAUAUUAUGCGCUGGAUUAUUCCUCAGAUUCCUGGGAUAUAUCAUCAGAAACCUCAUCUGAAGUUUCGGAAACCAGCGAAGCAUCAGCGCAUUCCUCAUCAAAAAAUCCUUCAAUAUCAAAGUCGUCAUCAGAAAGCUCGUCACCGGCAUCUAGUUCGUCACCGGCAUCUAGUUCAUCACCGGCAUCUAGCUCGUCACCGGCAUCUAGCUCGUUACAGGGAUCAAACUCUUCUGCAGCUAGCAGUGCUCUGCAAACAGAAAACAAUCAACAGAGCGAUUCUGCUGAGACUACCGGAGUUUCAGUGUCCACAGAAUCGACAUCACUGGACAGUGGGUACGCCAUGAAGUGCCUGCCUUUCAUGCUUCUUAUUUUCUCCAUACUUUUGGUUUUCUAA